GCACUUUCACUCACACAUAGUUUGGACAUGCCUUCACUGGGAUUAGAGAUACUUGGAGUGACUCUGGCUGUCCUGGGAUGGAUCUCAGCCAUUGUGUCUUGUGCCUUGCCCAUGUGGAGAGUGUCGGCUUUCAUUGGGGUGAACAUCGUCACGGCCCAGACGACCUGGGAGGGCAUCUGGAUGAACUGCGUGGUCCAGAGCACAGGUCAGAUGCAGUGUAAAAUCCACGACUCCAUGCUGGCUCUAAGUGCUGACCUUCAGGCUGCCCGCGCCCUCACCAUCAUCUCCAUCGUGCUGGGAAUUGUGGGACUCUUGGUGGCCAUAAUGGGGGCAAAAUGCACCAACUGCGUGGACGAGGAGGCCGCUAAAUCUCGGGUGAUGAUAGCUGCUGGGGUGGCCUUUGUCCUGGCUUCUCUGACUCAGCUGAUCCCCGUGUCGUGGUCUGCCCACACUAUCGUUAUGGAGUUCUACAGUCCACUCACACCUGAGGCACAGAAAAGGGAGAUAGGUGCAGCUCUGUACCUGGGCUGGGCUGCGGCUGCUUUUCUUCUAAUCGGAGGGGGCAUCCUCUGCUCAAGUUGUCCAAAGCAACCUGAGAAAAGGUACGGGCCUCCAUCAAAGAUGAUGUACUCCCCAACGAGGUCAGUCGCGCCGAGUGGCUACGAUAGGAGGGAUUACGUCUGAAGUGACACCUGCUCUUUUCUCACAUCGCCAUGAAAAUAACUGUGCAAAGAGAACUGGAGGGGAGAGGCAUUAUUAUAAACUUCCACCCACCUGCUUUUUAUUGAACUCCUUCUAUGUAUGACCUUUUGACCAAAGCCUACGUUAAAUUUGUCUUUCUUUGGUUAUUUUAUUGUGUGCCACUUUGUCACUGUUGGAAGCACUGAUGAUAACAGCUGUAUAUGUCUGAGUGUGUUAUAGGUGUGCCCUGCAUUUUAUACUUUAUGAAACUAAUUGGUGAUCCAAAAAGACAAAUCUGUAUUUCUGCUUUCUUACUACAUUGACUGUGUGUGUGUGUGUUUUUGUAAACAACUUUCAUUUUUGACUAAAAAAGAAGUGUGUCACUGUACAGAUGCAAAAUGCAGAUUUGUGUUGUGUUUUUUGAAUCAGUUGAUCUGGAAUGUUUUGGUGUUUUAUAUGCUUUAAUUACAACUCUUUGAUUAAAUCCCUUGUUUUCUAAA